AUGUCUCAAUCGCGUGAGGAUUCUGUCUAUCUCGCCAAGCUCGCUGAGCAGGCUGAGCGCUACGAAGAGAUGGUCGAGAACAUGAAGCGUGUCGCCUCAUCAGACCAGGAGCUCACCGUCGAGGAGCGCAACCUGCUUUCCGUUGCCUACAAGAAUGUCAUUGGUGCGCGACGUGCAUCAUGGCGGAUCGUCUCCUCCAUCGAGCAGAAGGAGGAGUCAAAGGGGAAUGAGGUCCAAGUCCAGAUGAUCAAGGGCUACCGGGAGAAGAUCGAGAGCGAACUUGCGAAGAUUUGCGAAGACAUCCUCGAUGUUCUCGACAAGCACCUCAUUCCUUCUGCAGCGUCUGGUGAAUCUAAAGUCUUUUAUCACAAGAUGAUGGGUGACUACCACCGUUACCUUGCUGAGUUCGCAACCGGUGACAAGCGCAAGGAUAGCGCGGACAAGUCGCUGGAGGCGUACAAAGCUGCGUCCGACGUUGCUGUCACUGAGCUUCCACCUACACACCCCAUCCGCCUUGGUCUUGCGCUGAACUUCUCCGUAUUCUACUACGAGAUCCUCAACAGUCCAGACCGGGCGUGUCAUUUGGCAAAGCAGGCUUUCGAUGAUGCUAUCGCCGAGCUUGACACGUUGUCAGAGGAGAGCUACAAGGACUCGACCCUCAUCAUGCAAUUGCUCCGUGACAACUUGACACUCUGGACAUCAGACAUGCAAGAAUCUGACAAACCUGUGGACAAGGAUGACGCCGAUGCCGCUGAUGAAUCGUAG